AAUAUGGCAGGUGGUGUCACCUACAGUUCAGUUUAUGAGCAGAGGUUACACCAAAAUGUCGACAAAAACAGAACUUUAUGGUGAAAUUACACCAUUUAACGAUGGCUUCCUGAAAGUUUCAGAAAUUCAUUCAGUCUAUUAUGAAGAAAGUGGAAAUCCUAAAGGAAAUCCGGUUAUAUUCCUGCAUGGAGGUCCAGGAGGCGGAACAUCGCCAAGAGACCGUCGAUACUUCGAUCCAGCAGUUUAUAGGAUUGUUCUUAUGGACCAAAGAGGAGCGGGAAAAUCGAAACCAGCUGCUGAACUACGUGAAAACACGCCUAAGCACCUGAUUUCAGAUAUUGAAACCCUAAGAAAUCAUCUGGGUAUUGACAAAUGGGUUGUUUUUGGCGGAUCGUGGGGCUCGACUUUGUCUCUUUUGUAUGCAGAAGCCCAUCCAGACAGAGUUAAGGCUCUUAUUCUUAGAGGAAUAUUUACUCUAAGGAGAAAAGAAAUUUUAUGGCUAUAUCAAGAAGGAGCUAGCUUUGUUUACCCCGAUCACUACGAAGAAUAUAUUUCCGUAAUACCGGAAGUAGAAAGACACGAUUUGGUGUCGGCUUAUUAUCGUCGUCUAACUGGACCUGACAAAGAAGAGCGACUUAAAUGUGCGAGAGCUUGGAGUAAAUGGGAAUUAGCAACAUCGCGCUUGUUUAUUGACGAAGAACUACUUAGCAAAGUUGAUAAUGAUGAAUGGGCAUUACAAUUUGCCCGAAUCGAAUGUACCUAUUUUGUUAAAGGCGGAUUCUUUGACACAGAAAACCAAAUAUUCGAUAACGCUUAUAAAAUUAAGCAUAUUCCAACGACAAUUGUACAAGGUCGCUAUGAUAUGGUUUGUCCAAUGAUAUCUGCUUGGGAAUUGCAUAAGCAACUGCCGAAUGCGGAAUUUUUUAUCAUUCCCGAUUCAGGUCAUUCCACAAAAGAAGUAGGAACUUACAGAAAAUUAGUUGAAACGGCUGAAAAGUAUAAAAAUCUUUGA